AGAAGCAGCAGUCAUAGUAGAAAUGGUCAUUGCUGUACUAGCUUUGUGACGUGAACUCAAACAAAUAGAACUUCUGUGCAGAAUGCAGAAGUGAGAAGGUGAUGUGGCUGCAAGCGAUACUGCUCUCAGCUCGAGCGAUGAGGAAGUCUCACCACACGCACACAGGUAGCAAGAACUGGCAGCCACAGUGUGAAAUUGUAAUCUGAAGGUUAACAUGUCUGUGGAUGGGACCGAGCUGCUUUUUGAGAGCUUUCUACAAAAAAGAAAAGACACGGUGAAAAUGAGAUGGGUCACAUACUGGUUCAGGCUUCAAAACACAACCUUGUUCUUCUACACUAAGAAGAAUGGAAAUGCUUCGAGCUUGAGAGGAUUUUACUACAUAUACACAGUGCAGUCAGUGCGAGAGGUCCAGAAAGCUGACAGGAAGCGCUUUAUUUUUGAAAUAACCAUGACAAAUGGGAAGAAAAAAGUGUUGGCAGCAGAGACGGAGGACCUCAGGAAGGAGUGGGUGAGAUGCCUCUGGCAGGCCAUGCAUCUCUCUGCCUCCACGACCUCCGUCUCUGAGGGCGCACAACUUGAUGUGUGUGAGCAGCGAGAAAGACUACAUAGCAUGGCACCCAUCUGCUCACACCGCGAAAGUGUCAUGGAGGAGCUUCCAAUUCGGCCCCUCUCUGCGCCCCCUCCCUCUGACUACAUCUACGCACAACCCCAUAAAAUCUGCCCCCGCACCAAAGACACCUUGCAACCCAAAGACACCUGGCAACCCAAGGAGACCUCUCAGCUCCAAGACACCUGGCAACCCAAAGACACCUGGCAACCCAAGGAGACCUCUCAGCUCCAAGACACCUUGCAACCCAAAGACACCUGGCAACCCAAGGAGACCUCUCAGCUCCAAGACACCUGGCAACCCAAGGAGACCUCUCAGCCCCAAAAGACCUGGCAACCCAAAGACGCCUGGCAACCCAAGGAGACCUCUCAGCCCCAAAACACCUGGCAACCCAAAGACGCCUGGCAACCCAAGGAGACCUCUCAGCCCCAAAACACCUGGCAGCCCAUAGAGCAGGACAACGAGGAAGGCAUUUAUCAGAACACAGGGAAAGCCUACCAGAAUCGCAACGAUGACUGUCCCAGCGAUCCCCAGUGGUCCAGCCAGAUGAGCAGUGCAGAAGCCGGACAAGAAGGACACUAUGAUGUUUUGCCUAUUAGAAACAGGUUGUGUAAGGCGAACCGCUCAGCAGAGGCAGAAGAGGACGUUUACGAUGUCCCUGCGUUCUACAGACAGACUGCUGAAUGUCAUGAGAGUGUCUAUGAUGUGCCAAGCUCACUCCUGAGAACCAUGUGUGAUCACACCAUAGACAAUCAGCCAGAGGAAGGAACCUACUGGAAUAUAUGAGGUGUAGUUUCAGAGCAUCGGUGGAGGCCGGCAAACUCACCAGCUUUGGAUUGGAAGACCGUCGCUGCUUCAUCUCUUUAUCUUUGUGUUUCAGUUUUAAAUGAAACUAAUCGCGUCUUCUACUCUGGUUUAUUUUUUUUCCCCAACCGACUCUACACAAUGAGAACUUUUAACAUGUGCUGCAAUAGUUUGUUUUGAUGCUGGUAUGUAAAGGCAGACAGGCAGUAAAAACGGCAUCAGUUCUGUGAAAUGCACUUGCACACAGUUUCAUUGUAUCGGUUGCAGCCAAAGGAAGGAACUAAGUGGAUGAUUUGAGCUGUGGUUUCAGAACAUCAGCACAAGCAGCUCCACACGCUGUCAACCUUGGGAACUGUUCAUUUCUGUAUUUUAUUUGUUUUAAUAGAAGUAGCAGUAUUGGAUACUAGUACUAUUUAUACAAAUGUAAAUAAUAUCCCUCAUCUUUGUUCAAUGUUUCGUCUAAAACUAGGCAACAGAUACGACCGCAGCAGAGGUUCAACUGUGGUAUUUAUUUACUCCUUCUAUACAAGACCAGAGAACCACAAACACAUAUUUAUAGGUAGAGAAAACAUGCUGUACAGAAAUGUGUACACACAAAGAACUGCAGGGUCAGUCACACUAUGUUUCACAAAAGUAAAAACAAUUCAUUUUACAUGUCAAACUUGGUUCACAGUUUAAAAGUAUACACCAUUAUACUUUACUGAUAUUGCUGUAUUACACACUUUGGACUUGAUUUAAUGGGAAUGAUCUGAGCUUAAUGCUAAAACACUUUAAAAGAAGGAAAGAAAGUAAAAGUCUACUAUGA